GGUGGUCUACUACAGCAGCAUUACAAUACUAAAAAUUUUUUUACACGCAGAAUCGCUAAUUAAGAAACUAUGUUGCGUGCAAUUUGGCAGAAAUAUAAAGCAAUAGGUCAGUUUUCGAAUCACAAUGUUAGAAUCAGGUUUGAAAUGAAAUUUACUUAAAUAUUAUAUUUUAAAAAAAUUAGUUUGAAAUACGUAAUUUUAAUGUGUAGUUUGGAAAGCCAUCAAUAGAUGGCGCUACGAGUUAAAAUUUAACAUUGUAAUCUUAUUUCUGCAAAAAUUCACGAAGUAAUUGAUUUUGAUAUCAGUUAUAAAUCAUAUUUUUUUCUAAAUAAUAUUUAGAAGCGUUUCAUAUAUUCCUUUAUACACAGUUUUCACUAAACAUUGUCAGCUGUCAGCAGAAUGACGUUUACGGCAACCCUAUUGCAUUGCUAUUCCGCACUCGUUUUGUUUACAUUUAUUUGUACUGUGGUCAGUUUUGCAAAAAAUAUGCGAAAAUAUCAAGGACGACCGAAAAAAAACAUCCUGGUUUUAAUAAAAGAUCCAGAAUUCAGCGUAAACGUCGAGCUCAAGAAAAAAAUAUGAAAUUAAAUUCCCGAGAUGUGGAAGAUUCCGAACAAGCGGAUGUUUUCGAAAGGUCAGAAAUUAUUGAUACAACUGCAUCUGUGUCAAAGGAGAAUCAUUGCCCGGAUGAUUUUUUUACAAAGUCCGGAAGUGAAAAAUUUGACUUUUCUACGCCAGAAGUUACAGCUAAUGUUCCUAAGACAAACCAGGCUUUCCUGAGUUCUGAUCUGGACAUUUCAGUUAUUGACUCUGACGUAGAAGGUAGAAAUACAAGCUCUCUUUUGGGCUUGGAGUCUGAGCCUCUUCAGGAGAACCUUAAUGAUGAAUUUCUGUGUCCUGAUUCACCUUUAAUUAUCGAAAGGGAAGAUCGACGAAAGGCAAAUCCAUUACCAUCUGGCAGAACAAUUUGCAAUAUGUCUUUUGUAAUAGUGCAGGCUAGGACAUUAGAGCAACAUUCCCUAAAUUGUAAAUUUGGAGGAUCAUUUAUUUUUAACAAAGUGAUUCGACGUGGUCUUGUCACUACAUAUAACUAUGUAUGUGAUAAAAUUUUAUGUGGGGAAAUGGCAACAAUUUGUUCUGAUAUGGAGAAAAGCAGCCUAAAUCAGCUUGCAGUAUUAGGUGCGUUAUCUACUGGCAGUGGAUUUUCACAAGAGGAGGAAAAGUUUAGCAUCAUGGAAAUUCCGUAUAUGAGCAACUCGACCUUUGCUUCUUGUGAGCGAACUACUGGCAAAAUAAUACAGGGAUGUGCACAGGAAACUAUGUGUGCUGCUAUAGAAGAGGAGAAAAGGCAGGCAGAACUUCGCAAUGAUAAAGAUAAUGAUGGUUAUCACUGUAUAACUGUCAUUGUUGAUGGAGGUUGGUGUAAAAGAAGCUAUGGGCAUGGUUACAAUGCUUCAAGUGGCAUAUCUGUUAUUAUAGGCAUGGUCACCCAGAAAAUUUUGUUUGUUGGAAUUCGCAACAAAGUGUGCCUUAUAUGCAGUGCUAUUGAAGAUGGCAAGAUGCCAAAUAAAGUGCACCUUUGUUGGCGAAAUUGGAAUGGGCCUUCUACAGGUAUGGAAAGCAGUGCCAUUGUGGAAGGUCUGAAUUAUCUCCAGUGUGUUCACAAAAUACGUUGUACUCGACUUGUUGGAGAUGGAGAUGCUAACACAAUGGCCAAAGUGAAAGAAAGCGUUUCAUAUGGAGGACGGGUGAUCAAAGUAGAAUGUGCUAACCAUGCUGUUCGAAGAUAUCGCAGAGCUCUUGAGAAACUUCAGCAAAAUACUGCGCGCUUAUUGCUGCCCGUAAAUUGCUGA